GUGGAAAACGGCCUAACAACCAAGAAAACUAGCAUCUUGACAACGGAGAAGCAACAUGCUUUGAUAGCCGUGGAAAUUCGUCAAAGUUGUCUUCAUUUACUUCUCAUUUGUCAAUUUGCAUGAUUUAACUCAUCAGAAUGGUAAGCUAUUGCCAUUUUUGUUUGAUAAGCUGUUAAAGUAAGAUUUAUAUGUAACGCCUGACACUAAAAAUGAAUUCUUUAACUUUAAUUUUAAUGAUUUGCUUGGCCUCAUUUGGUCACUUUGUCUUUCUUUGUCAAAAAUACUUAAAACUGGACUUUUUUUUUUAGUCUCAAACAAAAACAUUAAGUAAGAAUAAUUUCUCGGUUGAGUCUCUUUUUGGAGCUUUCUUACAAAUAAUAUUCAACCCUCUUAUAAUUAAUUAAAACUAUUUUAAGACUCAAACUGUCUUAGACUUACUUAGGCCUACUUACAAACUUACUAGGUGGGCUAAUCAGUAGACCUAUAUAUUUUGUUUCUUUAUGUUUAUUCCUUAGUGACUUUAGACUUAGCCUGUUUUAGGGUUCGGUCUUAGCGCAUAUGCCUGAGACUACUAAGACUAAGAGUAAGAAAACUAAAUUUACAUUGGAAAGAAUUGAAUGAUGAUUAGAAAGUUAGUUUAGUUACUAAGACUUAGAUCAGAGAUAAGAGCAAGAGAAGUAUAAGUAUAAUGUCUAGAUUGACUAGAAUAGAGAGUAAAAUUUAAAAGUUUCUAGGCUACUUAAACUAAUUAUUUAAGCAGGGCAGGCUCAAGGCGGGUAUGAUUCGUGAUCAUCACACAGGCGCCAAGGAGUCCAAACCGCAUUGUUGCAUUAAUUCUGCCUUUUUUGUAUUGAAUUUGAAUAAAAAUUUGUUAAAUCAAAAAAAUAUUAUUUUUUUCUGAACUGUUCCCGUAAUUUUCCAGGGGGCAACAAUUGCCUAUUUUCACCCAACCUAAAAAUGUAAAAACGGAGGCAUGCGGUAUUAAAUUAUAGAUGCCAUUUUAUCUGCUUGGUUCAUAUUAUAUUUCUCUUAUGACGGAUGCUCUUGGUAAAAUUCUCCCCACUGUAGGCCUCUAUAAAAUUGUAUCAUUUAUAAGUUUAUAUGAAAACCAGAUUACUCACAUGUCAACUUCCAUGCCAAACUUGUCGCUGGUUUUCAACGGAAAGAAUUUUUUGUUGAAAAAAAAAAAUGCUUUAGUAAGUUGCCUUAAGAUAUAAUAUGUUUAAAUCAGAAAAAAAAAAAUUGUGAUUGAUUAUUAAGACGGCUAUAAAAGCUUCUGAUUUUCAAAAAAUUCAAAUCAAUGAAUCUGUGUCUCUUUCUCAGGCUGGAAAAAAUAUAAUAGCUGCAUGCAAUCAGAAACUAAUUUAAAUAUUAAUUUGAGUGGUUCUUUAUUCAUUAUAAAUAUAAUAAAGUUUAAAAAUAUAAAUUGGCGUUAAUUUAAAACUUUAAAAAAACAUCUCUAUUAUGAAAGUUUUUGCCGUAAAUUUAUUUUCUAUGAUUGGUUUUUAAAGUUCCAUAGAUUCCUCACACUUCUAAUUUAGUUACUAUAUUUUUUACAAAGGGGACAUUCAUAAAUGACAAUAAAAUUUUUAAGGCGAAUUUAGAUCUCUCCCCCCCCCCCCCCCNUAUCACAAAAUUGUCGUACAAAUUAGACACCUUGACAAUGCAUCAUAACCACAGACUCUCACCCUCACCUCCACCCACCUUUUUAAAAAAAAAAGAUGAUUGACAUCAGAUAGCGAUGGCCCCAAACUGCAUCAAAAGCAAUAAUUUAAGAUCACUUUUUCUUUCCUUCCACAGCCUCCUAAAAAGAAAAGUGGGAAGAAGGGUAAGCAGGAAAAGGGUAAGGGUAAGAAGGCAUCUUCAACAGGUGUUAUUGAUGUUGUAGCCCCUGAAGAAAUGACACCUCAGCAGGUAGUGUGUGGAACAGUUGAUGUUUCAACAUUUGCAUUUGUUGUUGGUGAUUAUUUUAAAUUUAUUUUUAAAUUUUUUUUGUGUUGGCUUUUUUGGUUUUGUUAAGCCUUUGAAUUUCUUUACUAGGGAAAAAGGGCAAGAAGGGAAAGAAAUCAGGAAAGAAGGGAGGAAAGAAGGGAGGACCAACUGUAAUAGAUGGAAUCCCUACAGAAGAAAUGUCAAAGGAGCAGGUAUAAAUCCAUUAUAGUACCCUAUUGUGGCCAAAAUGAUGCAUGAGUACUUUGUAUAAAAUCAUUAGGAACAAUCGAAUAUGUCAUAAGGCUAAAAUAAUCAGCAAUUAUCUCUUAGUCAAAGUUUAAGUUAAAGCCCAUUAUCAGUCUUCUGUGUUGUAGUUUUGGAGAAGUCACUGUUAUAUUUGAGUUGUGAAAUCAAAUCCAUAAUUUCUUUUUUAUAUCCAUAAAUCCAUAAUUAUUUUUCCAAAUAAAAAAAAAAAGUUUUCUUCUUAAUGAUAUUUUUUGUUGUUGAGUUUUCCAUUUUUUAAAACAUCACCACUUUAAUCAUACAAAUGUAAUAAAUUGUUAAAACUUAAGAAAUAAUACUAAAUCCUAUAUUUUUAUAUAUUACAUGCUUUAACACAUUUUUUACUCUUGCUAAAAACUAAAUAAAUUGAAGACUGAGUCUUGAAAUAUUUGCAUUAUUCUUAUUUUAAAUUAUCUGGGUUUUGCAACACUAUGAGAAGAAAGUUUUAGUCAGAUAGAAAUUAUUAAUUAUAAUUAGUGGAAUUUUUUUUUCUUAUCUGUUCCAUAAGUGACAGAAUAUAGAUUAGAAUAGCUUAGCCAUCAAGACUUUUUAAUGCUUUUUGGAGCUUUAUAAAGAAUUUAAACCAAUGCGGGAUAAAGAAGCUAUUUUGGAACCAAAAUUUUUGAGGAUGGGAUUCUUGUUUUAUGUGGAGGGUGAUCUAACGCUGAUUGAUGACUUAACUGUAUUUUAUUAGCGUAUUUUCAUCUAUACCAUAUAGCUGACUUUGAGAUUAACUGUUGAAAAUGAAAUUUUAAAAUUAUAUUUAAUAUAUAAAUUAUUUAUAGUUUUUAAUUUUAUUUUGAAAAUAUUUUAACUUGUGGUUUGAAAAUUUAAAUAAAGAAAUUUCUUAUUUUAUUUACCAGCUUGAGGAUCAUGUACAGAGAAUACGAGAGGAACUUGAGCGGGAGAGAGAGGAGAGGAAUUACUUUCAACUGGAGCGGGACAAGGUCAACACAUUUUGGGAGAUCACAAAGAGGCAGUUGGAAGAAAAGAAGGCAGAGCUUCGCAACAAAGAUCGAGAGAUGGAAGAUGCAGAAGAGCGACACCAAAUUGAAAUAAAGGUGAUAAUGAAUCAUUGAAAAACUGUCUAGCUGCUUUCAAACAUGGCUUGAGAGGAUUAACUUUUAAAUCAAUAUAUUUUAAUCUAUUUAAAGUUGUUGCUAUUGUUUGUGGCUUUUUAUUAUUAUUAUUAUUUAAAGUCUUUUGGGCACCAUUUUGUGGGCUUACAACUCAAUAUUAUUAUGAGUUCUUCAUUUUUACAGUUGUUUUGCCGAUUUUAAUUUCUUUCUUUAUGAAAUAUCUUGUUUAAUUAAUUAUAUUUUAUCAUUUUCUGUUUUCUAAAAAUCUUUGUAAAAUAGCUAUGUUUAAAAAAACACAAAAAAACUUAAAAGAUCAGGUUUAAAAAAAAAACUGUUUUUCUAUGUCAGGUGUACAAACAAAAAGUGAAACAUUUACUUUACGAGCAUCAAAACAAUAUAUCAGAACUUAAAGCUGAGGGCUCAGUGGCCUUAAAACUUGCCCAAGACUCCCAUCAUUUCAGUGAACUAGAUCUGCGCAAGGAUAAGAGAGCCUUGAAAGUUGAACUAAAGGAACAGGAGCUUUCGCACGAAGAUGUUAUCAAGAACUUGAAAAAGGUAGUCUACCCUUGUUGUUUUUUUUAGGAUUUAAAUUUGUCUUUAACGGUUAUUCUAUAUUUUGAAAAGGAAAACACUUAAACUUAAAAGAUUUAUAAAUUAUAUUUAAUUUUGAUUCAAAUUAAUUGUAUGCAGUAUCCUUGUAAAAAAAUGAGCUGAAUUGACUGUGCUAGAGUAAAGUUGUUGUAUGUAUUUUGAGAUAAAAUAGUUGUGUUCCUCUGCCAAAGUUGGGACCAAAAGAUAUAAAAAUCUUUUGUAUCCCAGUCUGUAUGAAUUUACCAGCGUGCCCCCCACCCCUCCCAGUGGUUACCAAAUCUAAAUGAUCACUGAUUAAGUCAUUAUUGUCAUUAAGAGAGUUCAUUGAUGGCUGAUUUCUACGUUAGAAAAAAUACUUUAGAUGUCUUGUGUUUAAAUUGUUAUAUUGGUAAAAUGUUGUCUUAGUUAAAAUAUGUAUUUAUUAAUGCGCUGAAAAUGAAUAUGUACAAUUUAAUAGAAAAACCUUUUCCGUUUAUUUGGAUCAAUAAAAGAAUCUUCUCUUAUCUAAUGCUCUACUGGCAUGAUGAAAUGCCUGCUGGUAUAUAAUCAUUUAGAAUUCAUUAAGGCAGUUAUUGAAAUUAGCUCUUUGUUAUCUCAUUAUUAUUGUUAUAUCAAUAUUCCAUGUGGCACUCACUCAAUCUCCUUUCCAUAGUAGCACUCACUUUAAUGCACUUUCCAUAAUGACACUCUCUCUAUGUACUUUCCAAAGUAGCACUCAAUGAACUUUCCAUAUUUUUAUUAUUGAGAAUGUUAUAUUAUUUCUCCCAGCAAAACAAUGAAGCGGUGACAAGUCUUCGAAACACAUUCGAGCGUCAGGCCAAAGAAAUUGAGAGCAAGUAUGAGAAGAAGAUGAGAUCCCUGAGAGACGAGCUCGACCUGAGGCGCAAGACAGAGAUUCAUGAAAUUGAAGAGAGGAAGAAUGGCCAGAUCAACACUCUGAUGAAAAACCACGAGAAAGCUUUCAGUGAUAUCAAGAACUAUUACAAUGACAUCACAUUAAACAACCUUGCCCUCAUCAACACACUCAAGGUAGGCCAGAUCUAGUGAUUUAAUCUCAGUAAUGUGCUCAGCACUUAUCUAUUACUGUACCAGUCCUUGCACCAGGCCUGUGUUGAAAACACCAAUACAGCUCUGGUCAUUAAUAAUUAGUGGCAUAUUUUUUUUUUUUACUGUUCAGUUCAAAGAGGUGAGCGAGAGAGAUUUUCACCAUAAAAAAAUGAAAGAAAAAAAAUAAAAUUGCUGGAAACUUCAUUUAAAAGCCCGUUGCAAUUUUAAUUUUUGGGGCCAUUUUUGUUUUCAGGAACAAGUUGAAGACAUGAAGAAGAAAGAGGAGAGGAUGGAGAAACAGAUGGCUGAGGUCAUAACCGAGAACAAACGUUUGGUUGAGCCUCUACAGAAAGCACGAGAGGAGGUGGAGGAUCUGAGGAGGCAGCUGUCCAAUUACGAGAAAGAUAAGGAAAUGCUCAAGGUAGGUCAUCGUCAUGACUUGGGAAAUGCCUCAAGGUAGGUCAUCAUCAUGACUUGGGAAAUGCCUCAAGGUAGGUCAUCGUCAUGACUUGGGAAAUGCCUCAAGGUAGGUCAUAGUCAUGACUUGGGAAAUGCCUCAAGGUAGGUCAUAGUCAUGACUUAGACAAUAUGUCAAUCUUUUUAUUUACUCUCCAAACAAGUUUGACACCAAGAAAUCAAUUGGCACUUAAUUUGUCCAUGUACUGUUAGCCUGUAACAUUCUUAGCUUAGAGAAAGUGUUUGAGCAAGUUAAUUUCAUUUAUCAAUGCAUUGGUAGGUUGUAACAUUCUUAGACCAGAGAAAACAUUUCAACAAGUUGAUUUAAUUUGGCAUUGUACUGCUAGCCUGUAACAUUCUAAGCCUAGAGAAAGUGUUUCAACAAGUUGACUUAAUUUGAGGCGAGUUGUUACAGUUGUGUUUAAAUCUUCUUUCUUCCCACUUGUCACACAUUUCCCACCAAAUAACUUGAGUUGCCCAAAACAUUUUUGAUCCUGUUCUCAGAGUGCUAAAGCUCGUGUCAAGCAGAUGACUGAUGAAUUUAAAGCUCUCAAAUGGGAACAUGAAGUCUUGGAACAGAGAUUCCAGAAGGUGAGACUGUAGAGGCUGAUAUUUUUACUUCUUUGUUGCAGCGUUAAAUGGAAAUUAGGGAGGGAGCGAGAGAUGGCUGAAGAAAAGCUGAGGAGGUCAAACUGCGAGGGAGAAAAGUGGGAAAGAUAGGAAGAGAUUAAGAGAGAGAUUAAGAAAUUAUUUUCAGCUGAAUUUCAAUUUAAAAAAAUUAUAUUUAAAAGCACACAGUUAAAUGUCUGUUACUAGUUGUUGAUGACAUUGUAGUUUAUGUUGUUUGUUGAUUUUGCUGUAGUUUUGGCAAGGAGGCAUGUGGCAGAUAGUUGCCAGAUAUAUUCACAUUUGAUCUGCAAGUGUAAUGUUUUAUAGCUUAAACAGCUGUUUCCAGAAUGUAGUUGAAAAAGUUGAAAUAUUUUACUAUGUUUGUAUCUUACUGCUGAAAUUUGGAACCAAAUAUAGUUUUGGAAACCAAAUAUAGUUUUUGAUACCAAAUGUAGUUUUUGAUACCAGAUGUAUUUUUGGAUACCAAAUGUAUUUUUGUAUACCAGAUGUAGUUUUGGAUACCAAAUGUAGUUUUGAUACCAGACUUAGUUUUGAAUACCAGGCGUAAUUUUGGAUACCAAAUGUGGAUUUGGAUACCAAAAAUAGCUCUGUUUGUUUUGUAAUAUUAUUAAUCAUACUUUACGAGAUGCAUAACCAAAUAACUGUGAUCUCACUUUUAACAUUAGCAAUUUAUCCAUUGACAUGCUCAGAUUCAGGGAGAGAGAGAUGAGUUGUAUGGAAAGUUCAUCAAGGCCAUCCAUGAGGUUCAGCAGAAAUCAAACUUCAAGAACCUGCUCCUGGAGAAGAAGCUGUCUGCCCUGGCUGACACCCUGGAGAAGAAAGAGGCCCAACUUAAUGAGGUGUUGUCUGCAUCUAAUCUGGAUCCUACGGCUCUCACCGUAGUCACCAGGAAAUUAGAGGUAACAUUAUUUCUGCCUGGUUGUAAAUGCCAAUUUACUUUUACAGUGAGGUCCAAAAAAAAAUUAAUUUUAAGGUUUAGAUUUAUUUAUCUUAAAUAUUUUAAAACUUAAAAGUAUAAAAUAUAUUUCUUUGAAUUUUUAUAUUGGUAUAAUAAAAUUAAAUAUGUACAUGUAUUUCAUAUUUUUAGAAACAAAUUUCUUUUUAAUCAUUAAAUUAGCAAUACAGAAAUAUGAUAAAUGUGAGUUCACACUGUGGAUUUGUUUCAGCCGCAAAGCUCAGUGGUGAAUCCAUGUUGGGAAUCGGGGACACAGAUAUCCCUUUGUAGGCUGAGCACUGAGCAGACGCAACUGUGGCAUCAGAUGCAGAACUUUUGUUUAAAUUUAUCAAUGUUGCAUUUAUAUCUUAGUGCAACGGUCAGCAUGCUGCCAGUGCAUGUGGCUCUUUACAGGGAAUAAUGUGGCUUUUUUACAGGGAAUAACGUGGCUCUUUACAGGGAAUAACGUGGCUCUUUACAGGGAAUAGAUUUGACUUUUUUCUUUUAAACAUGAUUUUACCAAUAGCGACUCAUGCAAGGGAAAAUGACAAUGAAAAAAUUGAAAUAAAUCUAGAAUUCAUUCAAUUUUUUUAAAGACGUUAUUCCUGAAAAAUAUUUUCUUGUCUGCCCACUCCAAUAACAACCAGGCUUGACAUUUUUUAUCAAUCUUCAAACUACAAAAUAUGGUUACUAUAAAAUACAACAUUUAUAAACAAGACAGUUGAUAUUACAUUUUUGUUGUUUUUAUGACCACUCCAUUUUCUACCGUAACGCAGUGAAAAAAAAUAAGACAGGAUUGUUUAUGCAGCUGACGACAGACUGCAGCACAAAGAAAGAAAAAAAAAACACAUAAAAAAAAAAAACAUUAGAGAGGGGGGGGGGGGGGGGGGGGGGGCCUGCAUUUGUUGCAGCGAGUAGCACGUGGUUACAGGAAGUUGAGAAUCCAAGUGACGAAUCCGCAGUGUGAACGUAACUUUAGAAAGAUUUCUUUUUUAAAAAAUUGUCGAAAACCAUAUUCCUUUUUUUUUUGUUUUCGUUCAAAUGUGUUUCCAACUACGUAAGUGUUAGUUUUUUUAUGAUGUCAUACAAUCUACAGAAAGGAAUUAAAGCUUUAAGUAACACUCUCUUAAAAGCUGUAAGGAAUACUCUCUUAUAAUUUGAUGUAAAUCAAAACUGAAUUUGUUUGUUUGACCUAUGACUUAAAUCAUGGGGAGAAAAAAAACUUGAAUUAUUGCUUUAUUUAUAAAAGUGAGUUUUAAGAAAUGGUUAAGUCAAUGACUUCUGAGAUGUUAUCUUGUGUUUGUUCAUCUAGGAUGUGCUCGACUCUAAGAAUAGUGCUAUCAAAGACCUGCAAUAUGAACUGGCCAGAGUCUGCAAGGUAAGCAUAGGCUGAGGAUGCUAAAUUUUGAUGUUCAUCUGUUCACUUGACCCUCCUCAUUAAAGGGUUAAGACAACUUACGCAGGAAUGCGGAGAGUUAAUUUUGAGAGGGUUGCAGAUUUUAUUUGGUGCUCCUCAAGGGGUCUUUCGCAAAUCACGUCACGCUCAGGGGGGCAGAGGUUGUUUUUUUUUCGAGAAUUUCUAACACUUGUGAUGGGGGGGGGGGGGGUGGGACAAAUUUUUUUCCCAUUAGGUUUUUUUUUUUUGUUUUUUUUUAAUUUUAAAUUUUUUUAUUUUUUAAAAAUUUUUUUUUUAUUUUUNUAAUGAGAAAAUUUUAAAGAAUAAAAUAAAACCUUAGUUUAGUUAUGAAAAUUGUAUGUAUCUUUUGAUUUUUUUUGGGUGUGACCUUACAAUGGGGGGGGUGGGGGGGGGGUAAAGAAUUUGUUACAAUUCGUGACGGGGGAGAGGGGGUCUAAAAUGGUCAAUUUUAGCAUGAUGUAAUUUACAAAAAAGUGUUUGGUGGGUUGGCAUGGUCCACACAGUGUUUGGUGGUUGGGAUGGUCCACACAGUGUUUGGUGGGUUGGGAUGGUCCACACAGUGUUUGGUGGGUUGGGAUUGUCCACACAAUGUUUAGUGGGUUGGGAUGGUCCACACAAUGUUUGGUGGGUUGGGAUGGUCCAUAAAGUGUUUGGUGGGUUGGCAUGGUCCACACAGUGUUUGGUGGGUUGGCAUGGUCCACACAGUGUUUGGUGGGUUGGGAUGGUCCUCAAAGUGUCUUUUCCACAGGAGUGUGCCAAUAUAAACAAAUCAACUAGUUUUCAAAGUAUUGCUCCUGAAACUUCACUUCACAUGUUAAAACCAUUAAUUUGUAUUAUUUCUAUGCUAAUGGCCAGUGUUACUUUACUUUGAUAACAAUAUCUAGGUUUUUAGAUGCUUGUGGCAGUGAACCUAAUUCUACUUGAUUAUUUAAAAAUAUGUUUGAAAAAUAUGAACCUUGAAACUUACUGAUGAAUAUUUCAAAAACAAACUAGUUCAUUAGAAUAUCUUCUUACUUAAUGGGUGGCUAAUCUUUACCUAAGUUUUUUGAUAACACUGUUGAUUUCUCCCUAGGCACACAAUGAUCUACUCCGCACGUACGAGUCUAAGCUCAACCAGUUUGGAAUACCCACAGAAGAACUCGGAUUCAAGCCGCUGGAAAGCACUGUCGGUGGUCAAACUCUCGGUCAUGGCCCGGCUGGUUUGGUCUCUGCCCCGACGUGAGGUGUCAUUCCCUCAUUUGAGAAAAAGUGUCUUUUUGUGAGAAACAGAUGUUCAGCAUUGACCCCCAUAACUUCAGCAUGGCUUGGCUCUAUCGAAAUACCUCAUCUGCUUUUUUUUUUUUUUUAAAAGGACAAUUACAAUCUGAAACAUCCCUUUUUUUUUUUAAGCAGUCAUAAAAGAUCAAUCUCUGUUUUUUGGCACAGUUUGCAAUUUAAAUGAAGUGACCUUUGACAUUUUUUGUGUACCGAUCGUGCUAAAGUGUUAGCUUAAAAAUUUUUUUUUUUUUUUAAAAGGACAAUUACAAUCUGAACCUUCCCUUUUUUUUUUUUAAGCAGUCAUAAAAGAUCAAUCUCUGUAUUGUGGCACAGUUUGCAAUUUAAAUGAAGUGACCUUUGACAUUUUUUGUGUACCGAUAGUGCUAAAGUGUUAGCUUAAAAAGGAAAAUGGUUUUACAGGUGUUUAGAAAUUUGAAUGUAUUUCAUGAAAUAGUCUUUAUCUGAAUUCAUCAUCAUUGUACAUGUUUUCAGUUGAGACAGCUUUAAAUUGAAAUUGAAGCUUGGACUUAUUUUAAACUCACUGAUGCAAAUCUAAACAAUUGACACUCAGAAGUGUGGGAAUAUGGAACAAUAGCACUCAAUCCACUCACCAGACCACUCCACUCACCAGACCAAUCCACUCACCAGAACAAUCCACUCACCAGACCAAUCCACUCACCAGAACAAUCCACUAACCAGAACAAUCCACUCACUAGAACAAUCCACUCACCAGAACAAUCCACUCACCAGAGCAAUCCACUCACCAGACCAAUCCACUCACCAGAUCAAUCCACUCAUCAGACCAAUCCACUCACCAGACCAAUCCACUCAUCAGACCAAUCCACUCACCAGACCAAUCCACUCACCAGACCAAUCCACUCACCAGACAAUCCACUCACCAGAUCAAUCCACCUGCCAGAUUAUGUAAUCAGUAGUUCCCCAUUAUUAAAAACUUUGAAAAUGGGAAAAUGAAUUUUCUAGUUUAAAAAAACAACAAAACUGAUUUUUGUUUGUGAUACCCUUUUAGAAAGGAUCAUACAAACUGAGUUAACAGGUCUGAGCUACUGCAACACACUGGCAAUGACAAUAACAAAUUUUAAAUUAAAAAAAAUUAAAAAUUAAUUGUUGAUGUCACUAAAUUAAAGAAAAUUGUUCUUCCCAUAGACUUGAUUACAGUAUCAGCGAAUACGUGUCAAAUCAUAACAUAAUAUACAAUACAAUACCACAGGUAUACUUGAAUAUUUGUUGUUUAAUUAAUUGCCUGGACCACUCUUAACAAUACACAUGAUGACCUUUUCAUUGGUUCAAGCGAUGCAACAGUAAAUAGUAGCCAUUUUGAAAAAAAAAUUCAAUUGUAAGAAACAUUUCACAUUUUGAAGGAAUCGAAUGCACUAGCCCACCAACUUGUGUCACCAGGUAAGAUCAAGACAUUGAACUAACCAGACAUUUACGGGGACAAGUUAACUUCUGUCAACACAUCCGAGUACAUGCCAUGCUGCCCGGAGUUUUACACGGGCUUGGUAAUAUGGGGGUCGUCUGAGCUUAACAUUGUCCACGCAGGCAAAAAGACCAUCUUUAUUCUUCUGCCCAUUUUUCUGCAAGUUUUUGACUGAGCAUGUGUAUGGUAAUUCUGUAGGUCAUAUUGUACAAUUGUUACAUCUGUAUCUUUUUUAUGUAAAUAAAUAAAAAAAAAAAUAAUACUUAGGAUAAGUAAGAGGUAGAGGCACAAGAUUAGAUGUGUAAUUUUAUAUAUAAAGGAGUAAAAAAAAAAGCUCUUUGAAUUAAACACUAUUUGAAGACUUGGAAAGCAGGGAGGCUGAUGUUGCUUGCUUGUAUCUAUCUUAAACUAAUGUAUAUUAUUAUUACUGCAGGUAUUUUCAUCUCAUUUGAGUUUUUUCGUUGAAUGAAUUCUUUAAUUAAUGUGCCAAGUUUACUUUUAAUUUAACGUUUAACUUUGAUAGCCUACACCUAUGAAGUGGGAAGGCUCAUUAGAUUUGGAUUUUUGGCAAAGCGGGGCCGGGGGGGGGUGUAUUAUAUAAGAAAAGCUUUUUU